AUGGAAUCGAUCAAGGAUGCAGGUGGUAUACCUUCAAGGACGACAACACUGACAUUCAGCCACAAGUUCAAGAGGGCACUGUUCAAGAACACACUACCUCAGUCCCUCACGGCGCUCACACUGAGCGAUGGCUUCGUCGGUCAACUCAGGGCUGGAACGUUGCCAUCAUCUCUGAUCACACUCACCUUUGGUCGCAACUACAAUCAGAGGAUCGGACCCGGCGUGCUGGGUAACUCACUCUUGCGUCUGGAGUUUGGCUGGAAGUUCAAUCAAGAGUUCCAGCCCGGUGUGCUACCUGCCUCACUCACCGAACUCAUACUAUGUAGCUGCUUUGCACAACUUAUUGGAGGUGGUCGUCUUCCAUCCGGUCUACUGUCACUGACAUUUGGUCCGCAAGGUUCAUUCACAGACAAGCCAGUCACCAAGGACACGCUGCCCAAAUCACUCACCCGACUGAUCCUAGGCAAUCAGCCCAACAUUCUCACGGAUCCGUCUGUGCUGCCAAAGUCAAUCACAGAGUUGGGCACCAGGCAUGUGUACAAGACUACCGAUCUUACAUUGCUCAAGACACUUACCAUUGAGUCAGGGGAGGAGAAGCCAUUACGUUUGGAAAAGAUACCGGAGACGGUCACGGCACUCAGUCUCUCGUUCAGGAAUCAUGAGAUACCCAUGUCGCCUACAUUCCUGCCACAAACGCUCACAUCGUUGUACCUGCAAGAGGGUUGGGUGACAAAGACUUUGAAGGACCUCCCCAACUCAGUUAUUAAGCUGUCAAUCAGUGGCUAUCGUCAGAUCACCUUUGAUGGAUUGCCCGAGUCGCUCGAGUCGAUGAUGAUCUCAGUGCAUGGAAUGUACAACUUCACCAAGCCAAUCCCAUUGACGCUCACCAGUUUGAAAGUCAACACCUCGUUCGACCUCCAAAGAACCCUCAACAAGCUUCCACCAAAGCUCGAGAACCUGUCCAUCCCCAAGUGGCCCAAGUCCCUCGCGUCGUCUGUGUGUCACCUCACUGUGCAGUGUCGUACGGUGGGCACGAACCUGCCUCCCAUCCCACUGGACAACCAGCUGUCCUCACUGACAGUGGUCACAGACACGUGUGGCAAUGUGUUUGAUCGCUACAGAUCUCUGUCAAGAAUGGUUCCCAACGUCAGUGUCUAUCAUCUGGAGCACAGUGUAUAUAGAGGCGUACCAGGACGAACAUCAAUUGGCAAGAUCGACGAUGGACGUAUCGUAAUCAUCACACAACUACCAGGCGAUGCCAAUGUCGUCUCGUUCAGUUCAUUUUCCAACUACAACAACAACACUGAAUCACUUUACAAGGUCUGA